AUGAGUGGCAAUCAAGAAAAAAAUAAAAUAGUCGAGGAAGAAGUCAUAGAUUGGAAAUCCACAUCUUGGAUUUAUAAACUGUCGAAGAUAAAACUCAUCCAAGUGUUGUGCAAAUUUCAAACAAUCGAUACGGAAUUCGUUUUUGACGAAAACGACAAUAUCGAUAAGUUACGCAAAAUCGCGUCGGAAUUUGUAACAUCAAGAAACAGAAGCGACAAGAAUAGUGAAAGUGACGAGAAAUCGACCGACAACAAUAACGACCGUGAAUUAAGCGACACGGACAACGCAGACAAUAACAAAAACAAAUCGAACGAAGAAAUUCUCAGUAUUAGUCGCUCGAAGUUAAUUCACGAAAUGGCAGGGAGCAAAGUCAAAUUAGAUUUUAAUCUCGGAACCGAUGACUGGGAAUUGUACACCGAACGCCUCGAAUUGUAUUUUACAGCCAAUGAUAUAGAGGAAGAGAAACAAGUGCCAGUGUUAUUAACAAAAGUAAGCGCUGAUACUUACAAGCUUAUAAAAGACUUGUGUGCACCUACGAAACCAAAAGACAAAACAUUCGAUCAAUUGGUGAAAUUAGUAAAAGAUCACUUAUGCCCUAAACCGUCAGAAGCGAUGGAGAGAUGUAAAUUUCAUCAAACCCAACAAGCUGCAACAGAAACAAUCUCAGAAUUCGUCGCGCGAUUAAAAAGCAUGGCAACCCACUGCAGUUUCGUGGAUUUAAGUUCAGCAAUGUGUGAUCAGCUAGUGUGUGGAUUACGGAAUCACGCAAUCAAAGCCAUAUUAUUUCGCGAAGAGAAGUUGACGUUCGAUCGAGCUUUCAAACUGGCUACGGCGGCCGAAUCAGCUGAAAAAAAUGCAACAUCAACGAACCAGUCGCCGAAUUCAGAAAUUCACGCAUUAUCGUACCAGCGUCCAAAAUUUCAACGAGGCCGAAGCGCGUACCGCGGACGCGGUAAAGGACGAGGCAAUCGAGGCGGAGCACAGCAAGCAUGGAGGGGACAGCAGCAGGCGGAACAAUCAAAUUGUUAUUGUUGCGGACAACCAAAUCAUUUUGCCCGCAAUUGCACACAUCGUUAUGAUACGUGUAAUUUCUGCAAAAGACGUGGCCACAUCGAAGCAGCAUGCCGAAAUAAACAAACAAAAGUACUCAAGGUAGAGCAAAACGGACGAGAAGAGGAAGACGAAGAAAGCGCAAGCAACUUCGACUCUCAAUCAACGGUGAACGAGCUGUAUACCGUAUACAACGAGGAAACGCCGGUGCAAAUGAACGCGACAAUCUACAACGUAGGUAUUCCGAACGACGAGAUUGUAGCGAAACCGAUGUUUAUACAAAUAAAAAUUAAUAACGUGAAUUUUUCAAUGGAAAUCGAUUCUGGCGCGUAUGUAACCGUAAUGUCAAAAGAAACGAAAGAUUGUUUUUUUCCAAACCUGGAAAUUAAAAAACUUAACAAACGGUUAAACGGGUACGGAAACGUAGAGUUAGAACACGACGGAGUAAUCGAUAAUUUAAACGUAGAAUAUAAAAAUAAAAAGCAGACACUCGGAUUAGUAGUUAUGAAGCGUCCGGGCACUGUUAUAAUAGGACGACAAUGGCUUAAGGCAUUCGGAUUGUGGCCAUUAACGCUAAAUAGAAAUGCGGAAGGGACAAACACGACGAUAAAUAAAGUAGACGAAAGUAAUAUUAAGGUAAAGUUAACAAAUAAGUUUUCACAAUUAUUCGGAGCAGGCGUCGGGAUAUACAACAAGGGAACUCUAAAACUGGUACUAAAAAACAAUGCGACACCAGUAGCGUUGAAAGCAAGAAAAUUGCCGUUUGCACUAAUGCCCAAAGUGGAGGAAGAAAUUGACAGAUUGGUGUCGUUAGGUCACCUUGAAAAAGUAGAUGUAAGCGAAUGGGCAACGCCAAUCAUACCAGUGAUUAAGAAAAACGGUACGAUACGAAUUUGCGGAAAUUUUAAAUUGACUGUAAACCCUCAAUUAGUAAUCGAUCGACAUCCAAUUCCGUUAAUUGACGAAAUAUUCUCUGCAAUGGGUAAGGGCAAGACAUUUUCACAAAUCGAUCUAGAGCACGCGUAUAUGCAAAUACCGGUAGAUGAGGCGUCACGAAAUUAUCUUACAAUCAUUACGCAUAAAGGAUUGUUUAGGUACACGAAAUUAACAGAGGGUAUUGCAUCGGGUCCUGGAGAUUUUCAAAAAAAAAUCGAACAAUGCUUGACAGGCAUCCCGGGAUGUGUGGCGUACUUAGAUAAUAUUUUUGUAACGGGACAGAACGAAAAAGAACAUGUAGAUACUUUAUACAAAGUGUGCACGCGAUUACAACAAUACGGUUUUAAAGUUAAUAUAAAUAAAUGUGAAUUUUUCAGAGAAAAAAUCGAAAUCCUGGGGUACGUUAUUGAUAAAGGAGGACUGCACAAAUCGAACGAUAAAGUUCGCGCAAUUGUAGAGGCACCGCACCCGACAAACUUCAAGCAGCUCGAGUCAUUCAUAGGACUGGUGACGUAUUACGCAAGAUUCCUACCAGAUAGAGCAAACAAAUUGAAAGCACUCUACGAGUGCGCAAAACAAUCAAAGUUUACAUGGACACCAGAUUGUGAAAAAGCAUUCAUAUGGGUAAAAAAAGAAAUAAUUUCGCCAAGAAUUCUUGCGCAUUACGACCCAAGUAAGCAAUUAGUUUUAGCAUGUGAUGCCUCUGCGUAUGGACUAUCGGCAGUGCUGUCGCUGAUAGAUGACGAUAACUUAGAAAAGCCAAUCGCAUUCGCGUCAAAAAUCAUACCCGUAAAAGAAAAGCACCGAGCUACAAUCGAUAAAGAAGCGGGUGCAAUUGUAUUCGGAUUCAAAAAAUUUUAUAACUUCAUUUAUGGACGCGAAAUUAUUCUAAAAACAGAUCAUAAACCGUUAAUCUAUAUAUUCGGACCAAAACAGGAAAUACCGCUAACAGUUGCGAGCAGAUUACAACGUUGGGCUUAUUUUUUAUCUAGAUUCACGUAUAAAAUAAUAUACAUUAAAUCCAAAGAUAACGGAAACUGCGAUGCGUUAUCUAGAUUACCAGUUACCGAUUCACUGCCCAUUUUCGAUAACGAGUUCACAGCCAUUAAUUAUAUGAGCGAAAAUCUUGAUACACUAAACGCAGUAGAUAUAGCAAACGAAACAAAAAAAGACAAAAUGUUAAAAAAAGUAUUGUAUUUCGCGUACAACGAAUGGCCAAAUACGAACGACCCAGCAAUCAUCGACAACGCGAUUUUUAUGAAAAAAGAUGAAUUAACCGUAGAAAAAGGCUGUAUCUUGUGGGGAUACAGAGUACUAGUACCCGAAUCAUUAAGAGAAAUUAUCUUACGAGAACUGCAUGCGUCGCACUUCGGGAUAGUUAAAAUGAAAAUGAUCGCUCGGUCGUACGUCUGGUGGCCAGGCAUUGACAAAGAUUUAGAAAAUGUUGCUGCAUCAUGCACCAUAUGUACCCGAUUGAAGAAGUCACCAAGUGCCGUGCCACUAACUCCCUGGCCAUGGCCAGACAAAUUUUGGAGCCGAGUGCAUAGUGAUUUUCUCGGACCAUUUCAUGGUCAUAUGUUCAUGUUGAUUAUAGACGCACAUUCAAAAUGGCCCGAGGUAAUCGACAUGAACACAUGUACUCAAGCAUCGCGAGUAAUUAGCGAAUUUCAAAAAAUUUUUACACGUUUCGGUCUACCACGGCACUUGGUCACUGAUAAUGGACCGCAAUAUACCAGCACUGAAUUUCGGAAAUUUCUAAGAAUAAACGGAGUGAAACAUAGUUUCUCGGCUCCACACCACCCAGCAACAAACGGCGCUGCAGAAAAUUUUGUUGGUAUAUUCAAAGAUAAAGUCGAAAAAAUUAUGAAAAGCGGAAAAACGUUAAACGACGCAAUCGAUUUGUUUUUAUUUGAUUAUCGAGCUACAGAGCAUUGCACUACUGGGCGCAGUCCCGCAUGGAUGGUGUCGAAAAGAGAAUUGAGAACCCGAUUUGACAUGUUGAGACCAAGCGUGGAGGAAACAGUUGUAAAAAAACAAACGGCACAAAUCCUUGCACAUAAGGGAUCACGGAAAGUAUCAUUUAACGUCGGGGAUGUAGUAAUGGUAAACGAUUAUUCAGUCCGAAACGAUAAAAGAAGGGAAGGAAGGAUUGUAAGGAAACUGUCACCGGUAACGUAUGAGGUAGAAGUAGGAGACAUAGCUGCAAAACAUUUCAAACAUUUAAGGGAUACUUUUCAAAAAGAAAGAAAAAAGAUUCUUACAAGUAUUCCUCCAUCAGGAGCAGGUUCUGAAAGUAAAAGAUAUGAAUCAACAUGGGAAUAUUAUAAUGAUUUAUUGUUUCUUGCAGAACAUGUUACUAGCAGAAAGACAAUAAGUAAUUAUUCAGGGUGUUCUGAAACUUCCUUAGCAUCAGAUAACAGUCUAUGUUUCACAGAUGAGGUACAUUUAUCUCAUAACUUACUAAAAAGAAAAGCAAGCCAGCUAUUUGUUAUUGAACUUCAGCAAGAAGAAUUAAAACCAGAAGGCAUAGUGUAUAGUAGUCCAUCUACUUCUUUACAAAGUGUGUCCCUAUAUGACACUAGUGACAAUGAGUCAUUACUCAGUGAUGUAAAUGAGUCAAAUAUGAUUUCUUGUCCUAAUGAAUCAUUAUUAUUAAAUCCUACUAUUGAGGCCCAGACUUCAGCAAAAAUGUCUUCUACCAUUCGAGGUAAAGCAAUAAAAUCGAUAUUGCAACCUAAAGUGCCUAAAUCAGAUGUGAUAAAGAAAGAGAAAGAUCAAGAUGUUAUCAAAAGUUGUAUACAGCAGCUUUCAAAAAGUGCAUCAGAAGUUGCAGCGAAGAUAGUUCAGCUUACUGAGACUACUAAUGAUGAAUUAAAAUUUUUGCAAUAUUUAUUAAAGUAUGUGCCAGAAGAUAAGAAAUUGUUAUGUUUUUCUGACAUUUGUCGUGUCGCAGAAAUUUAUAGAAAAGGUGGAUGCCCAAAUAUCAUCGAACAAAAGCAAGACUGA